AUGAACGGUAACAAUUUGUGCAUUUUUGGUAACUUUUUACACAGAAGAUUUUUGAGUCCUACGUUUUUCCGCACAUUGGUGAGCGAUGCUGUCCCGAAAAAGGUUAAAACGACGCGUGUACGCAAAUCUAAAGCGCAACCGGCUGCACCCAGCAACGCCGACAUCAGUGUACCGAAGGAAAUCAAUGAGUAUUUUCAAAUCGAAAACGGCAUGGAUACAUCCGUUUUAAAGAAGUUUCCUUCCACGGUUCUGAGAAGGUGCUCACAAAUAACGGAACGGUUCUAUGUUGCCAACCGAGCCACAGCGCAACGUAUAGCGGAAGUGAUAACACAAGACCUACCGGCAGAUCUUCCGUUACUGGAGGUGAAUCCUGGACCAGGAUUGCUUACUGAACAAAUUAUAAUAAGAGAUGUAAAACAUCUGCGACUGUAUGAAGCGGACGCUAGCUUCACUUCCAAGCUGCAAGCACUUAAUCUACCAAAAGAUGCUUUACGGAUUGCGGAUUUUAAUGGCUUGUGGCGCUUAUCGUACUUGGACGGGUUCGAUAAUGGACGACGAGUCGUUAAUUUGUUAAGUGGAUUGCCUCACCAAAAGUGGAACGAAGAGGUAAACUUUCGUUUGUUUUCCAUAAUUGGUUCAGCGAAAUUUUUGCACUACCUGAUGUAUUCAAUCACACAUCAGAAUGAACUGUACGCACUCGGGCGAUAUGAAAUGUACCUCGUAAUGUCACCACUCCUGUACUCGCGCAUUGCUUCAACCAAAGAUGCCGGCUACAAGCUGUAUCGUGGUAGUAGCAUUGUUUUUCAACUCUACUUUGAACACGAAUUGCUUGCCACCCUGCCUCGCAAACACUUUCUCCCGUGGUAUCACAACAGCAGUACAAAAAAGCUCCGUACGCUGCAUCAAAAACUGAUCGAAGAUGGAGUGGAAGACUGGUAUCUGGUGAAAAUCGUGCCAAGAAAAAAUCUUUUCGAGCAUCUCCUGCCCGACAACCUGCUGUUGUUUGCCAGUUUUGUUUCGCAGCAUUACGUGAGCAGACGGAACCGCAUUAUUCCUUCGCUAGAACACUGGAUUCCACACUGCGGCGCGCGGCUGAUUUUGAAUGCUAAUUAUACAAAAAAAUCAUCCAAAAAAGCAUCCAACAAUCCGUUACCUAGCCAGCUGCAAAAGUCGCAACCCUUGUCAUCGAACGAUUAUAUCGAUAACAUGAAUAUCUACACGGAAUUCGGGGAGCUGACGCCGUCGCAAGUCCUGACACUCUUCAACGAGUUCAUCAACUGGUCCGACUUCCAUCAGUCACCGUUCGUGCAGGCGGUAGAAAGCCAGAAGCACAAACAGCGCCCUUUGCAAAGCCUGGAAGACGAGGACACCGCCGGCGAACUGGAUUUAUCGAGCGUAAAAACCAAAAAAGUGAAAGAGUUAUAACAAUAAUCGGAAUGUGUUUGUUUAUUGCUCAAAUACACUUAGACAUUUCGGAACUAUUA